AUGUCUGGUGGUAAAGUUCUGGUGAUCGGGAGCGGCGGUCGGGAGCAUGCGUUGUGCUGGAAGCUGGCGGACUCACCGUUUGUGCAGCAAGUAUACUGUGCACCCGGCAGUGUGGGCAUCGCGACAACAAACAAAGUUGAGUGCGUCGAACUCGACAUCAAGGACUAUCCCGCAAUAGCGCAAUGGUGCAAAGAACACGAGAUCGACAUUGUGGUGGUUGGUCCAGAGGAUCCUCUUGCCAAUGGCAUUGUGGACAAUCUGACUCCUUUGGGAAUCAAGUGCUUUGGGCCUACAAAGGCUGGAGCUCGCAUCGAAGCUGAUAAAGACUGGUCAAAGAGCUUCAUGAACAAGUAUCAGAUACCGACAGCGAGGCAUAAGUCGUUCACUGAUGCUGCGGCGGCCAAGGAGUUUAUUAAUACCGCUCCCUACCCAGCGCUGGUGGUAAAAGCCUCAGGGCUUGCUGCCGGCAAGGGUGUAGUGGUUGCAGCAAACAAGGAAGAGGCUUGCCAAGCAGUGGACGAGAUCCUCACAGACGCCAAGUAUGGGGCAGCUGGACAGGUCGUCGUGGUUGAAGAGCUACUGGAAGGAGAUGAGGUUUCUAUCCUAGCCUUCACAGACGGUGAGACAGUCUCCAUGAUGCCACCAGCUCAGGACCACAAGCGUGUCGGUGACGGAGACACCGGCCCCAACACUGGUGGCAUGGGUGCCUACUGCCCCUGUCCCCUCAUCACGCCUGACCAGCUCCUGGAUGUAAAGGAACAGGUCCUGCAGAGAGCUGUUGAUGGAUUGAAAGCCGAGGGGAUUAAAUAUGUCGGUGUCCUAUACGCCGGCAUGAUGGUGACCAAGUCAGGGCCCAUGACCCUGGAGUUCAACUGCCGGUUCGGAGACCCAGAGACACAGGUGCUCAUGACGUUGUUGGAGACGGACCUUUACAAGAUCUUCAAGGCCUGUGUGGAAGGUACCUUGCGUCAGAUCCAAGUGACGUGGAACACCAAACUGUCUGCCGUCGGCGUCGUCAUCGCGUCCAAGGGAUACCCUGAGACGUCUACCAAGGGCUGUGUUAUUAGCGGUUUAACCCAGGUCCAAUGUACACCAGGACUAGUGGUAUUCCACAGCGGGGUAGCUCGUGGCGCGAACGGUUCCCUGGUGUCGUGGGGCGGGCGCGUGGUGCUGGUGUGUGCCCGCGCGGGGUCGCUGCGGGCCGCCGCCGCCGCCGCGACGGCCGCCGCCGGACUGGUCGACUUCCCCGGCGCACAUUACAGGAAGGACAUCGCUCACCGGGCCUUCUCCAAAAUCAACGGGCUCUCCUACCUCCAAAGUGGUGUGGACAUAGACGCAGCUGCGACCUUAGUUCGUCAAAUAGAGCCUAUUGCUACUGCUACCCACCGGCGGGGAGUGCUAGGCAGGCUGGGAUGCUAUAGCGGCCUGUUCCAACUGUCCGCCAUGGAUCCUAGCCUCAAGGACCCCGUGCUGGUUCAAGGCACUGAUGGUGUUGGGACUAAGCUUAAGAUCGCAGAACUAAUGCAGAAAUACGACACGUUGGGCCAAGAUUUGGUGGCGAUGUGUGUGAACGACAUCUUGUGCGCGGGCGCGGAGCCGUUCGCGUUCCUGGACUACAUGGCGUGCGGCCGCCUGCAGGUCGACGUGGCCACCACCAUCGUCAAGGGCAUCGCCGACGCUUGCACGCUGUCGGGCUGCGCUCUGUUGGGUGGUGAGACAGCAGAAAUGCCUUCAAUGUACGAGAUAGGUAAGUACGACCUGGCCGGGUUCGCAGUAGGCGUGGUCGACAACCUCAAACAACUCCCGCGCACCAAGGAGAUCCGGCCCGGCGACGUCGUGCUCGCACUGCCAUCUACCGGCGUACAUAGUAACGGAUACAGUCUGGUGCAGAAGAUCAUGAUGGAGACUGGACAUAGAUACAACGAACCAGCAGCCUUCAGCACCACAAACAAGACUUAUGGCGAAGAGUUCUUAGUGCCCACUGGUAUAUACGUGAAGGCCCUAUUACCGGCCAUUAAGAAGCAGCUCAUCAAAGGACUAGCCCAUAUCACCGGCGGAGGCCUAUUGGAGAACAUUCCCAGGAUCCUACCUCCAGGCAUCAAAGUGAAAUUGGACGCUACGAAGUUUAAUAUUAAGCCCGUUUUUGGAUGGCUUCAGGCUAAAGGAGUGGUAUCAGACUUCGAGAUGCUCCGUACAUUCAACUGCGGUGUCGGUAUGGUGGUGAUCGUGGACCCAGUCUGUGUCAAGGAGUUACUGGAUUCCGUGGACGAAGAGAUCGCAGUCGUAGGCGUCGUGGAAGCCAUGGGCAAGGAAGGAGGACACCAAGUAGUCGUAGAAAACUUCAAGGAAGCGAUGCACCCCCUCACAUCUCCAUACGUGGCCGGUGAUAGGGCGUCUCCUCAGAAGUCACUCUCCUACAAGGACAGUGGAGUGGACAUUGAGGCUGGAGACUCUCUUGUGUCUCUUAUCAAGCCUUUGGCAAGGUCUACAUCACGUUCAGGAGUGCUCGGUGGACUCGGAGGUUUUGGAGGCUGCUUCCAAUUGAAGGCUGUUGAAGAAGAAUACAAGGAUCCCGUCCUCGUCCUAGCAGCCGACGGAGUAGGCACCAAGCUAAAGAUAGCUCAGAAAAUAAACCAGCACAGUACUAUCGGUAUCGACCUGGUCGCCAUGUGUGUUAACGACAUACUUUGUAACGGGGCGGCGCCACUUACGUUUUUGGACUACUUCGCCUGUGGUUCUUUGGAUGUGAAUGUAGCCAGGAAUGUUGUGUCCGGAGUCGCUGAGGGAUGCAGACAAUCUUCAGCUGCUUUGAUUGGUGGUGAGACAGCUGAAAUGCCUGGUAUGUACGAGCCAGGAGUGUAUGACAUCGCCGGCUUCGCGCUCGGAGUCGUUGAGAGAUCACACAUACUGCCCAAGAUCAACGACAUCGCGGUGGGCGACAUAAUCAUCGGUCUGCCAUCUAACGGAGUCCACAGCAACGGUUUCAGUUUGAUCCACAAGUUAAUGAAGAAGUCCGGUCUCACGCUCAAUGACAAGGCUCCAUUCAGUAAAGAGGGACUUACUCUUGGCGAGGAGCUGAUCAAGCCGACCCGUAUCUACGCGCGCAGCGUGCUGGCGGCGCUGCGCGGCGGGCGCGUGAAGGCCGUGGCGCACAUCACGGGCGGCGGCCUGCUCGAGAACAUCCCGCGCGUCAUCCCGCCCGCCGUGCGCGCCAGGCUCAACGCGCACUGGUGGCACGUGCACCCCGUGUUCUCAUGGAUCGCGGACGCUGGUGCGGUACAAGACGAGGAGAUGUUGAGGACUUUCAACUGUGGUAUCGGAAUGGUACUCGUCGUGUCGCCUGAAGAUCAAGCUGAGGUAAUGAACACAACUCGUGCAUUCGGCGCGAUGGUGAUUGGAAGCAUACAGAAGCGUCCAGCAGAUGGCGCCCGUGUUGUUGUAGACAACUUCGCCUCAGCCAUGGACUUCACAAGAAGAAUGCCGCUCUUACCUAAAAAGAAAGUGGCAGUCCUAGUAUCAGGUAACGGCAGCAACUUGCAAGCGCUGCUGGACACGACGCGCGAGGCGGCGCAGUGCAUGUGCGCAGACAUUUGUCUCGUAGUCAGCAACAAGAAGGACGCAUACGCUCUGCAACGCGCUGAGAAAGCUGGGGUGCCUGCGAUGGUAUUCAACCACAAAGACUACGCCUCAAGGGAGGAGUUUGACCGCGCCGUGUCUGAAGCACUCGAGGCACACAAGGUAGACAUCGUCUGUCUCGCCGGGUACAUGAGGAUCCUGUCCAGCGAGUUCGUUAAGAAAUGGCACGGUCGUCUCCUGAACAUCCACCCGUCCCUGCUGCCCCGCCACCCCGGCCUCAACGCGCAGAAGCAGUGCCUCGACGCCGGGGACAGGGAGAGUGGCUGCACCGUGCACUUUGUCGAUGAGGGCAUGGACACUGGCCCGAUUAUCCUCCAAGAAAGAGUACCAGUACUGCAGAAGGACACGAUAGAGACCCUGACAGAACGUAUCCACGAGGCGGAGCACCGCGCCUACCCGCGCGCAUUGCGCCUCGUCGCCACCGGACGGGUCAGGCUCAACCAUCAGGGGACGCUCAUGUGGUACUCUUAG